CCGCAAUCAGGAUGUCCAGCGUUUCCGCUCCCUCCAGCGUCCCCACCCCCACCAGUGUCGGGCUGAGCGCCACGCCGGAGUUCAUGGCCAUGGUGGCCCCGGCUAACUUCGUCAAGAACCUGGCUUGUGGCGGUACUGCCGGCAUGGUGGGCGCCCUGGCCACCUUCCCCAUCGACACGGCCAAGACCCGCAUGCAGGCCGAUGGUGGGCGCAUGUACCGCAACAUCCCGGACGCCCUUGUGAAGAUCGCCCGUCAGACUGGCCUGCGCUCCCUCUACCGCGGCCUGCCGGUCCAGCUGAUUGGUAUCAUCCCGGAGAAGGCCCUCAAGCUGUCGGUCAACGACUCGGCCCGCUACUUCCUCCGCAAUCGCGAGAACAACACCAUUCACUGGAGCCGCGAGAUGAUUGCAGGCGCCACGGCCGGUUUCUGCCAGGUGGUCAUCACCUCGCCGAUGGAGAUGUUCAAGAUUCGUCUGCAGAUGUCCGCGGCGGCGGCCGAGUCCGGUGCCGCUCCCCGGACCUCCGCCGUCAACAUCAUUCGCGAUACCAUCCGUCAGGGUGGCGUCUUCCGCGGUGCUGGCGCCACUCUCCUGCGUGAUGUGACCUUCUCCCUGCUUUACUUCCCGAUGUUCGCCAACCUCAAGGGCUGGAUUGCUGGCCGUGACGCCAACCACCCGGUCUGGAGCACCAUGCUCCGCGACCCGGGCCCUGCUCCCGCUGGCCACACCGGCCCGCGUGACAUCAACUCGCGUGUCAACUUCUUUGGCACUUUCAUGGCUGGUCUGAUUUCCGGCAGUGCUGCCGGCUGGCUUGUGACUCCUGCCGAUGUCAUCAAGACCCGUCUCCAGGCCGCUGGUGGUGUCGAGAAGUGGAAGAACAUCCGCACCUGCGCCAAGAUGACUCUCGCUCAGGAGGGCCCGACUGCUUUCUUCAAGGGCGCCACUGCUCGUGUCUUCCUGGUCGGCCCCCUCUUCGGUGUUGUCCUCAUGACCUACGAGGUCCUUCCUCGCCUGCUCGGUCUCUAAAUGCAUCGGCCCUCUCCCAUGCACCGUGUGGCAAUCUCCCUCUGGCGCACUCGUGGAGACCCCGGCACAGGCCCUAUCCACAUGGCUCUAUCUGGCAUGUGCCGCUCCUUUUUUUGUGCCCAGGCAUGCACCCGCGUACCAAGAGCGCACGGGGACUCGCCGGGCGGGCCGCGUGCCAUCCCAUCCUCCGCUCCCCCCCUUUUAGCCCCCUCCUGGCGGCGCCCCUUGUGCUUCGUUCCCCAUUCUUUUACAGCCCUUGUCCUUUCAACGAAAAUGUACCAUAUACAACACGUCAUCCGC